AUGGAGCGACUGCGGCCAUGCCUGGGUUUCAUGGCAUCAGCGACGACGACAAAACCCUUCUCGGCAGCAGCAGCGGUCGGCGGGCAGACGGCACGACGAUGGCUCCACCGGACGCGAGAGGCGCACCCGAUCCCCCCACCGCGACCGUUCGUGCCCGACGUACCGACCUUCCUGACCCUGAUCGGUCGGGGGCUGAGCAGGCACGCGUCUAAGUUCCCUACGUGGGAGUCCCUCUUCUCCCUGACGGGCCCGGAGCUCCAGCAGCUGGGCAUCGAGCCGGCGCGCAACAGGAAGUACCUGCUCCGGUGGAUGCAGAAGUACCGCAAGGGCGACCUGGGCCCCGGGGGCGACUUUGAGUUUGUCAAGGACGGCGAGGCCGUGCUCAGGACGGCGCUGCCGCCCGCCGGGCAGGUCAAGCAGACGAGAUUUGUCGUCAACGUGCCCCAUCCCGAGGCCGAGGGUGCCGCCGAGGAUGCUGCUGCUGCUGCUGGCGGGAAGCUUCUCCUGCCCCGGCCGCUCGGGUACACUGUCCGGGGUGAGAAGACGAUUGCCGGACCUUUUGCCAUUCCGCUCGCCAAGAGCGGCGCCAGCGUCAAGGUCACUGAGGGUAUGUGGGAAGACCGCCAGGGCCGCAAGAUUGACGGUGGUGAGAGGAGGCGUUCCGAGGUCCGCUUCAAGAAGAGGUCAGCCGAGCGCAGGGCCGAGAGGGAAGCAGAGAUCCUGUCCAAGCUGUAA